GUCUAACGUGAGUUCUCUGCUCGUGUGUGCAAGACAACUGUUGAAAUUUUCAAACUUUUAGAAUAUAUUCCGAGCGAAUAUUUCAGGCACUCAAAUCAAGAGUGAAGUGAAAAUGUCACUGAACAAAUCAAUGCACCCGCGGAACCGCUACAAAGACAAGCCUCCGGAUUUUGCCUACUUGGCCUCCAAGUAUCCAGACUUCGAGCAGCAUGUCCACACCAACCUGGCAGGCAGAGCUAUGCUGAACUUCAAGGAGCCAGAGGCGGUGCGAGCCCUGACCUGUACCCUGCUGAAGGAAGACUUUGGGCUGACCAUAGACAUCCCUCUGGAGCGUCUCAUCCCCACUGUGCCUCUCAGACUCAACUACAUCCACUGGGUGGAGGACCUGAUCGGAGGCCAAGGGGAACCACGCAGGGGCAUCGAUAUCGGUACUGGAGCGUCCUGUAUCUACCCCCUGCUGGGAGCGUCUAUGAACGGCUGGCAUUACCUGGCUACUGAGGUAGAUGACAUCUGCUUUGACUAUGCCACCAGGAACGUAGAGCAAAACAACCUCUCGGAUCUCAUCAAAGUGGUGAAAGUUCCCCAGAAGACCCUGUUAAUGGACGCUCUAAAGGAGGAGUCAGCCAUCGUCUAUGACUUCUGCAUGUGUAACCCUCCCUUCUUCGCCAACCAACUAGAGGCUAAGGGGGUAAAUUCCAGGAACUCUCGUCGUCCUCCCCCCAGCUCAGUGAACACAGGUGGGGUGACGGAGAUCAUGGCUGAGGGAGGAGAGCUGGAGUUUGUCAAGAGGAUCAUCCACGACAGCCUGCAGCUCAAGACACGCCUGCGGUGGUACAGUUGCAUGCUGGGAAAGAAGUGCAGCCUGGCACCUUUGAAGGAGGAGCUGAGAAAACAAGGGGUACCCAAAGUGACCCACACAGAGUUCUGCCAGGGACGGACCAUGCGCUGGGCUCUGGCCUGGAGUUUCUAUGUUGACGUUACUGUUCCGUCUCCACCCAGUAAGAAGAGGAAGCUGGAGAAGUCUCGUAAGCCACUGACCUUCAUGCUGCUUCAGCCCACAGUGAAGGAGCUGCAGUCCCAGGCCUCCUCUAUAGGCUGUCCCUCCAACCCCAGGCCUGUAGAGACCAUCACUGCCUGGCUGGAGAAGACACUCAGUGACCUGAAGGUGCUGUACAAGCGUGUCCCAUGUGGGAGGAAAGAGCAGAGUCUGUUCCUGACUGUUGUGGAGAACACCUGGAUCCACGGGAGACAGAGACGCAGAGACCAGGGCCGACACCUCCGAGAGCUGCCCAGAGCGCCCCCCAGUGGUAUUUCCACCACCCCUUCCUCAGUCACAGCCCAGCACCACUCCUCUACACACAUUCCGGAUAGCUCACACUCAGAGUCACACACUCCCACGGCAGCACAAGGGCCAGGCAGUGUUCCACAGUCAGGGACCAACCGGGCCAACUCUCAGCGGGCCAGCGGACAGGAAGUCCAAAGCCAGGAGGAGGAAACCAGCUGUGUCCCAGUCAAGAACAGGGGGACAGAGGAGGAUGUCAUCAUGGAGUCUUCUCCCUCUAUAACACCCAAUACCAUACUGGCACAGACAGCACUACCCACCACAACACAGAAACAGGAAGCCAUAAUCACAGAGGAAGUACCUACCGAAACACAGGAACAGGAAGUGAUGCAGCCACAGAGCCCUGGCGCUGUGCAACACUUCCUGUUUAAGUGCUUGGUGAACGUGAAGGCUGAGGAGCAGGAUGUUGCUGUGGAGAUCCACUGGGUGGAAGGCCAAAACAAGGACCUGAUGAACCAACUCUGUACCUACCUGAAGAACACUCUGUUUAGAGUGGUGGCCAAGCCACUGGGGACAUAAUGGAACAUAGUUAACCUGUAGUACUGGGUCAUGUUCAUUAAGCAGAAAAUGGUAGACGGGAACUUAACUUACCAGUUGUCCUAUAUUCUAUUUGUGACCCGUUUGUAGCAGGUAGUGUAAAAUGUACUUUGCUGGUUCAUUAGUUUCACCUUAGUCUCCUUGUCAAGGUUAUAAUGAGCAGUGACUAUUUUAGUUAAUUCAAGUUUGAUAAAUUACAUUUAGAAAUGUGUUUUAGUAACAUGUAAUUUGUCUAUUUCCAUGUUCAGUUAGUGUUUUACAAACAGCUGGUUUAUUUCCAGAGACAUUAAAUUUGAGGAUGCUGUUUCCAUAAACUACAGCUAAUCCACUUGUUUCCUCCUGUUGAUGAAAUACAGCUUUUAACACAU